ACGAAGGUCAUGCUGUUUUUGCAUUGUCAUCUGCUUUGUAAGCAUGGACAGACAACAUUGGGUUGAGGACGGCGAAAACGGAGGUAUGGGACGUUCUCGCCAUAGUUCCCAACAAUCGGCGCAGUAUCAAGGCUUGCACUCCGUUCCGCCAUCCACCCACUUGUCCAUGCUGAGUCAGGACGCUGACAAGUUCGGUGUCCCUCCUACCUUCCCCGCGGCUGUUGGGCAACUGCCGACAUGGAGGAACGAUCAGCCCGGCCUCCGAGAUGUGCGACCGGGUCAUGUACCUUUCUACCAUGCUCGAGAUGACCAUGGGGGCGUGGCCAGCCGCGGCAGUUCGUCUGCCGCUAUGUACUCACAACCGACUGUCGCUCACAUGCCCGUGCACGGGGGCAGCACGAUCGGUGCAGGCAGUUUCACAGUGGCGCUGUGCGGGGAGUACGAAGAUCCUUUCUCCGGUGGUCUCCCUAGACGGAUGUCAAUGGACGAUCUGUCAGGACCACAGCGGUGUUACGGGGUGACAUCCAACCAGCAGUGGGGCACAAAGCGGGAGUGGGCAGGGGACAUUGUCACAGGGAGGAACGUCGGGGCAUGGCCAAUCAGAAGUGACGACGGUGGCAAACCCCCCCAGCACGUCACAGUCGAGGCUGGGUCGUCCGAGUUCGUCGAUCGUUUGCGUGUCGGCUUGCCACCGGCCAUCCAUGGUGAGGGAAGGGGGCGAGGUGAAGGUCGCCCCGGCACAAGUGACAGCAGUGGACAAAGCGGUCGGGCAAGACAGCCGGCACGGGGAGGACGUGGUAGAGGAGGGUGCACUCCACCCUCCUCUGCGUGCGCUGCGGAGGCGAGUGGGAGUGGAAAGGACGUAGGGGGGCAGGAGACCAAUGACAACCCGACAACAGUUGACGAGGGAAUGCGUAAAGGAAAACCUCCUGCCAAAAAGAUAGUGCCUUGGACGCUGGAGGAGUGCUUGGCGUUGGCGAAAUGGCAACGUGAGGAUGAAGCCAUGAUGGCGGAUGUGUCCGCCAGGCACAAGUGCAUGAAGAAGGGGGAGAGACAAGAGUGGGCGAUGGAGUGGAUGUUGCAAAGACCGUCUGGGACGUGUGAUGAAGCGAUGAACUCAGACAGCAUGGGUGGAGGUGAAGCAGAAGGCACGGGGGGAGGUUCAGGCGUCCAAGCAGGGUCAGACAGAGGAGGGUCCGACACGUCGGGAAGUAGGUCGAAGCUCAGGCGAACCAGCGGCAGCAGACUCCAUGUUGGAGAUGACCCAUCGUCUGUGUCCUCUGUGGGAGCUGCCAUGGCUGAGUCCACACGUGUGUACGUGGAGGGUUUGGAUAGAGCCGCGGUGACGAUUGCUCAGGCGAACAAGGAGGGUGCGACCAUCGUCGCCAGGAGCAUUGGCGAAAUGGCGACGCAGAUAGGUGCAGUCGCAUCAGCCAUGGGUGAAGGGAACGCUGUGAUGCAGCUCCUGGAAAGCCGUCAUCGUCCAGGGAAGUUGGAGCGUCGUUGCCACCCUCGCGGAUGGAUGGAUUUCAGCAUUGACACGGCUGAUCUCCAUAGUCGUGUGUACUAUGUUCUCGUGGAAGGGACUGUGGCGAUGAAGAUCAAUGGCGGUUUCGGGUACGACAAGGAAGGCAACCUGGUGGACGUCAUCCUCAACGUGAAGAAGCUGUCGGAAGUCGUCCCCGACGACUUGCGUCUCCCAGAACGUGAUGUCGUCGGUGACAUCGUUAGAUACCUGGUGUCCGCCAUAGCUGAUGAACACAUGGAUGCGCUUAACGGCAAUGCCUUCUACGUGGCGCACAUGCAGCCCCCUCUCCGGGGAAGGCAGUACUUGCACGGCGUUGUGAAGUCGUGGUGUCCGGAUGACGAUAUGAAGGCUGUGCGUCGGUGGUGGAAAGAUGUUAUGCGGUCACGUCAUGCACGAAGGUGGCUAGGACGUUACCACCCUGGCGUUUUCGGGAAGCACGGUUGCGUGGACGUCGAUUCACAGAUCUUCGUCUUCGGUGUGAAUCGGUUGCACGGCGACACGGCAGCGCAGAAGGGAGGACAACCCCGAAAGAUCAUCAUCUUCCAUGCUGCCACGUCAACAGUCAUGUUCCCGCUGAUGGGUUUUCCGCAGAUUUGUUCCCGUCGCGCGAUUAGAGAGCGAAACGACCAUCUGCAUGUUGGGUAUGGAGCAGUUGGAGGGUUGGAUGUAGGUUGUCGCUUAGGCCACGGGUCAUUUGUCGGUCGUCGCUUGCUCUGCGGUGGGGGGGGGGGGGUGUUGGGUGUGCAGAGGUUGGAAGAUGACAUGGCAGCGCAGAAGGGAGGAGAUCCCCCGCACUGUGACGACAAGAUGUGCUGCCAUGUCUGCAUUUGAGUCACCGUCGUGUGCUUCGGUGAUCUGUCGGUCGUUGUUGUUUUUUUCGUUUUUCUUUUUUUCUUUCUUUUGUUAGGGAAGUCGAGGAGGAUAGCAGUGGGCCGCCGGCGACGAGUAAUGUCCCUAACGUCAUGAACCUCGAUCGUCGUGUGUGUGUGUGUGGGGGGGGGGGGGGGGGGGGCGCGGCGAGAAGCAAUCGUCCCCUGACCGCGUAGUUGUUUUGCCGGCAUGGGUGUCAAAACAACCACGUGUCAAGCAUGUUGUGACAAUGCACCACCAGUUGGAUACGUGGUAGUAUUCGUGUGUGAAUCAAUGGCCGGAACGAGG